UGGCAUUAAAACUUUGAGCCUCAUUACAUCGAGAAUCGUAACCACUACAGUAAUGAUUCUUUGACCAAUCAUUAGAUUUAUAAUAAGCUUUAAGAUAAUGUGAUUGAAUACCGGAGAAAAAUGGCCUAAUUCAAUUAAUAAUGAAUAUUCUUCAGCGUAUGAUAAACUUAGUGUUUGAGUACAGCUGACCGGACUGGAUUGAAAUCAGUUAUGAUCGAAUCAACCUUUUAUUAAUAAAAAUAAAAACUAUUGAUGAAAAAAUGCAAAAGAUAGAAAUGAAAAUUAUUCAGAAUCUAAAGAGAAAAUGAAUCUGAAAAUACAACUGCCAUCUAUGUGAACUACAAGAAAAGAUAAUAUUAAAAGAAUCUAAAGAUUCUAAUAAAUCAAAUCUAGUGAUUAACCACUAACAAACCUGUUGUAAGUCUUUAAACCCUUUUCACUUCAAUCACUAGUCAAGAAAAAUUUCAGUUAAAAAUAAUUUAAAAUGUUGAUCAACGAACUUCCCGAUGAUUGUUUACUCGCCAUUUUUGAUUGUGUUAAUAACCUGGACGAUUUAAUGAACUGCUUCAAAGUGUGUGUUGGAUGGAGCCAAUUAAUUGCUAAGCGAACUAAAAAAGUUAAAUAUAUAUUGGAGUACCCUAAUUAUAAAUACGAUUGUGUUUAUUAUUAUGAAGGAAUAAAACGGAUUGAUGGAACCUGUCUGAGCACAUUAUUUCCAAAUGUAAAAAUUGCCCAAUUUUCUUAUACACUCUUAAGAAAAGUAAAGUUAGAAGAUAUUGUUGCAUUUAUCAGACAUCAAAAAUCUUUGAAAGGAUUGAUCCAUUCACUUUCAGAACCAAUAGAAAAAUAUUGUAGUAAACUCGAAAUGGUGUGUUUGUCUCGAAAGUCAAAUAUACUACCAAAUGGUUCCGGUAUAAAACAACUUCUCAUUUGGUGGAGUACUCUAAGGGACUUCGCAAGAGACGCACAUAAUUUCCCGAAUCUUGAAAGACUACAUCUACAUAUUCAAGAUACUUAUCCAGACAGAUACUACCAUGGUCCAGUAUUGGAAAAGCUUAAAAUAGUUGAACUUGACACCUUUUGUCCGUAUGACAUCAUUUUUUAUGGUUUCCAGUUCAUGGAUUCAUGUCCAAAUUUACAAAGUGCGUAUAUUUUCACGACGAAUAGAUGCUUGUUUGUUGAUGAAACAAUAAAACACGAAUGUUUGCAAGAUUUAGCCAUAGAAUUUAAUUACAAUGGUGGAAUUGACUGGAAUGAUCUAAAAAGAUUGUCAAUGAAAUAUCCAAAUCUCAAACACCUUGCGUUGAGGAAACUAAAUGACUUAAAAGAUGAACAUAUCGAGCAAUUGGUUCAUAUUUUACCCAAUUUAGUGCUACUUGAUGUUCGUGGAUGUCGUGGAGUCACUCAAAAAGCUGCUGAUUAUGUUCAAGAUCAUUGUAAAAGAUAUGGAUGUUCAAUCAAGUUUUACUUCAAUUGGGAUCAAAUCAAUGAAAUCAAAUCAGAUUGGCCUCAACUGUACACUAAAGGACAGAGAAUUUGCCGAGGCUUUGAUUUCAUGAAACAUUGUUUUCUUAAAGAUUUUUUGGACCUUCCAUAUUUAAUGAUCCCUAUUGAUUAUUGAAAACCACAUAUUUAGUAAUAUACAAUAUGUAUUUGUUAGGAAUACUGUGUAUUAGAGAUCAUCUUUAGCCUUUAAUUGAUUAAUAGAACCAUGAAAAGUUAAAUCAGA